AUGGAGCGGAGGUCGCCCAUGCCAGUGGCGGGGCGAAGGUCGCCCAUACCGGCGGCGGGCGGCAGAUCAUCUACGCCCGUGACAGAGCGGAGGUCGCCCCUGCCAGCGAUGGGCGAGGGGGUCUCCGCGCCCGCGAUGUCGACGGGCGGCGAUGGGUCCGCGGCGAGCGCGGGGGCGCCCGCGCAGACGGCCUCGAGGCCUCAGGCGGGUUCGAGGACGACACCCUCGGAUCAGUCGUCGAGAGGCGUCAGCGUGCCGCGGGCCCGAAGAAGUGGCACGGGCAAGCGCAGCAUGAGUGCCCGGUCCGGCUCCGGGGCCUUUGCCAAGGACGCAGCCCCGCUCACGCCGACCAAAGCCCUUAAGACCGGGGCGCACGCCACGCCACACUCGGCGCCGCAGCCCCCGCCCGUUGUGGAUAUCGUGGCGGAGACCGCGAAGCUACGGGAGGCCAUGGCUCGAGGGGCCCAGGCGGCCCAACAGGCUCGAGCGCCGGGGAACGGGGGCGACGCUGGCCAGAGUGGAGCUGAAACCGUGGAGUGA